CUUCGGCUACUGUAGUUCUGCUGUCGCUGUUCCUGCUGUCGUCAUCGCUGCUGCCACCGCCAACGCAGUCAACCUAAUUAAGUGGACUAGGAUUGCAGGAAAUCGAUAUCGCGGUUUCCAACAUCUGCAACCCUGUUCAUUAUAAACAAACUGUUGAUUCUUUACAAAAGCGUAUUUUAAUUUUUAUUGUCGUUUUUUUAAAUUUUUUGCACUCACAAUCUUCUCCUUGAUCUGUAGCUAUCUACUUUACUGUUACAAUCUAUCAGUCUUUUCAUAUUUUAUUCCUUUCUAAGAUAUUUCUUAUACUUCACAUACUUUUAGCAUUCAAUGCACUUUCUAUAUUUGCCAUUUAACUGAUAUUCUUUAUCUAUAUUUCUCUUUUUACUUUCUUUGUAUGAUCUGUCUUCCCUUCACUUUCUACAUAUUGUUUAUUUCACGUGGAACAGCAGUUCAAUAAUAGCUGGAUAUUUUUGGAUCUUGAAAAAAAAAAGGAAAUAUUAAUAAGAAAACUUGCGCAGGAAUAUAACAUAUUUAUGAAAAAAAUGCUAAAGUGAACGAGUCGCUUGAAGAUGGACUUAUACUGAACUAGAGAAAGAGUUUAAAGUACCAGGACUAAGGAAGGUGGAAGUGGUGGCGGUGAUGGCAGAAAGUGUGAAACAGUAUGAUCAUUAUUUUUUAGUAUGAAAAAAAUCUACCUCACACUAAAUCUUCAUUGGAAUUUUUAAAGCUAGGUGAGAAAAAGAAAAAGAUAAAAAAAUAUUUGACAUUUACAGCGGGGAACUUGGCUGAAGGUUUCGUUAUCACAUCAACGUCGUUGUUGACGUUAUCAUUAUUAACACAACCAUCAUCCUCGUCAUCAUCAUCAUCAUCAUCAUCAUCAUCAUCAUCAUCAUCAUCAUCAUCAUCAUCAUCAUCAUCAUCAUCGACAUUAUUAUCAUCAUCAUCGUCAUCAUUCACUUGAUUUCAAACAAUUCUUUUCCCUAUCCAUUUCUUUAUAAUUAAUCAUUGCCACUCUACAUUAGAAUAAUCAAUAUGAUUAUCUAACAUCUUCCCAUUUGUCAUAUAUGAUUUAAUUUAAAUAUUAGCCUUUUAAAGAUGUUUUAAAUAACAGCCCACACCGUUAUGUUUGUUUUAAAGUUAUUUGAACGGUUUUCUAACUGAAGACAAUUACUUUUUCAGCACCUACCUCAUAUUUCUUCCAAGUUGCUCUUUCUUCCUCGAUAUUUUUGAUAUGUUCAUACUGUAAGAAUACGAACUCUUGUUCAGAGUGCUUUAUGUAGAAGAAAGUUAACACUGCACAAAAAGUUAUUUAAAUUAUAACAGACGCUGUGCUGAUUAAAACUAACUGAAGUAGACUGUAAUAUAUACAGAAUUUUUACUUCAUGAAAUAAAAUUCCAGACGAAACAACUAUCGCACAAUUUGGAAUAAAUUUUCCUAUAUUUUAUUUAUUUAUUUCAUUUUUUUUUUCAUUUUUUGCUUCAUUCCACAAUUCACAUGGAUUAAAAUUCCAGGAAGCAAAAACAAUUUUCAGAUAUCUUUCCGGAGAAAACUGCCAGUCGUUGAAUUUGAUACAGAGAUGUAAAUUUUUUCCUUCCUUGCCGUUUAUUCAUGUGUGAAUCGGAUGCUUUUUUAAAUUCUAAUUAAUCAGGAACACGGGUACAGAAUGAGUUAUGCCUCAGAUGAUGAUGACUGUGUUAAUUCUCCGGAUAUUGACAGCCACUUCAGUGACAGCUCAAUGUUUUACGAUGAUGAGUACCAAUUUAUUGAUGCUUGUAUUGAUGGAGAUCAUGAAGCCGUCCAAGCGAUUCUUGAAGACGACUGUACGCGAGAGGAGAUAAAUGAAAGGGAUAGAUCCGGCAGAACGGGAAUUAGUCAUGCUUGUUCAAGCGGUUUCUCUACAAUAGUAGAAAUGUUAGCAGAAGUACCAGAAGUUGAAGUAAACAUUCCAGAUAAAGAAGGGAAUACGCCACUCAUUUUUGCUGCUCAAGCUGGACAGGAAGAAUGUGUACGUAUUCUUCUACAUGAGUAUAAGAAGAUACGUGUCGAUCAUGUUAAUAAAGCUGGAUUUUCUGCCUUAAUGAAAGCAGCAAUUCAAGGCCGAACAAAAUGUGCAAAAUUACUUUUAUUUGCUGGAUCUUCUCCAAAACUGAGAGACUAUGGUCGGAAACUGUGUGCUGAAGAAUGGGCAAGGUUUACUGGCCGUUAUGACUGCGCUGAAGCUAUAGCUAAAUUUACAAAAGCUAAACGAUUUGUCCUGAGAACUCGAUUUCAAAAUUCUCGGAACAAAAGCUGUAGUGAACCCGACCUAUCUUGUCAAGCUACACCAGAAACCACUGAUGGCCAAAGUAAAAAUGUAGACAGCAACUCCGAACACCGAACUAGACAAAGUUGGUUCCGCAAGAAGUUUAAGAAGCUAUUACAUAUUCAGCAUGACAUGUUUUCUCGCCAUAUUGGUUCAGAAAUGGAAUUAGGAGGGAGUCCCUUUCAGAUGAUCGCCAGAUGCGUGUCAACACCUCUAAUUCCUGGUGCCAUCUCGCCGUCUGACUCACCACCUUCUAUGCGUAAAAAUAAUGGUUCCGAAGGCAUCAAGAUUCCUCGAGUGGAAGUAACAACUGCAGAAACAAACGUUUCAAAACAGAUGAUUGAUGAUCCUUCCUAAGUUUUGAAACCAAGAUAAAAAAUAUUCAAGGGAUCAAAGAUAAUGUCUAUCUAAAAUUAUUUCCGAAAAUACCAAAUUAAUCCUUAUUAAAAAAAUAUAUAUAUAUCUAAAUGCACAGGGAUGUAUAUGAUUAUUUGGUUUAUAAAUGUUAACACAAUCACACAUGAAUGAAAAGUGUUUCUUUUUCGUUUUUUUGACGAAUUAUUAUUAUUCAAAUCAUUGUAAUAUGGUUCCAAAAUGGUUCUCGGAUAUUAGAGAAAAAUGAUAUUUUCAUAAUAUUUCCAUCUUUAAUUCUAUAUGUCUGUUGCUGGUAACAAUAGAUUCUGUUCACUCUCGUUCACUACAAAUUGCCUUAAAAGAGAAUUGAUAUUCACUAAAUGGUAAUUAUUGUCUCGUUUGGAAUAUGUCAGUCAAUUAGUCAAAUUAAGCAUCUAAAGUUCAGAAGGUUUUUAAAGCUGGCAGAUUUUUCUUAAAAUAAUUACGAUUAUUUUCCAGAACAGAUCUUCACUUUCACAUAUCUAGAUUUCUAACACUGAAUAAAAUAAGUAGCUCGUUUUUUUUAUCCUCGUUAAUCACAAAAACUUAAUAAAUUUUGAUUGCGUAAUAAGUGUUGAUACUUUUCUUUCCAUUGAGUAUAUUCAGCGAUCCUUUACUGUAUCUAAUACAAACAUUUUUACUUUGAUAAUACAUUUGAGAAAGAUGCAGAUGUUAAUAGCCUACAUUUUCUUCCACAUAAAUCCUGUUUUUAUAGCUACCAAAGAAUGCAGCAAAAAAAAACCAUUUCAUUAAAGCCAUUCUAAAUACUAGUGGUCACAUAGCAGCAAUAUGUGAAAUAGACAAAUAUAAGGAAAAACUGAUGAAUCAAAUAUACUGGGUUUAGCAUUUAAAGAAAUUACUUUAGCAUUUAAAGAAAUUACUCUAUGAUUUACACUACAAUUUUCAUUAAUACUGUUGUUGCUAUUAUUAUUAUUAUUAUUAUUAUUAUUAUUGUUGUUGUUGUUGUUGUUGUUAUCAUCAUUAUUCUUAUCAUUAUUAAUGCGGUGAGCUGGCAGAAUCGUUAGCACGCUGGACGAAAUGCUUAGCGGUAUUUCGUCCGUUCUUACGUUCUGAGUUCAAAUUCCGUCGAGGUCGACUUUACUUUACAUCCUUUCGGGUUCGAUAAAUUAAGUAUCAGUGAAACACUAGGGUCGAUGUAAUCGACUAGUUCCCUACUCCGAAAUUUCAGACCUUGUGCCUAAAGUAGAAAGGAUUUUUAUUAUUAUCAUGUGAAAAUUCACAGCUUAAUUUGCUGGGUAUGAUGGAAAGUGUCAGCUGUCCACAGCCAGCAGACUCAGGUGACACUUGUUUACUAGUCAUGCUUCAAGAACCCUGCGAAGAAUUCUUGCAGUUCCAAGUAAUGCUGAUUUUUGUAGGUGUUCUCUCUUCACACUUGCACCAAUCUUUUUCAGCCAUGUUGGUAGUUGAGUGCUGAUACUUCCAAGCGCGCCAGUUACCAUUGGUAUCACGUCUACUCUCUUCAUUGACUACAACCUCCGUAUCUCCCACUUCAAAUCAUCAUAAUUGUUUACUUUUUCUUCGUCUUUCACAUUGAUCCUGUUGUCACCGAGGUAUGCUAUGUCGAUUAUCAUACAAUGUCCGGUUUCCGAUGUCUGGUCAAGUGAUCGCACUGGAUCAUUGCACCCCACAGCAUUUUGCAAUUCUCAUUUUCGGUAACACCUGGAGUUUGCUCGUACCACAUCUUUACACUUUGUAGGCCUUGAUUUCCACAGAGUUCCUAAAGGUUCAUUCUUGCCCCAUUGUCAUGGCGUCUUUUGUAUUCGCGUUGGUCAUUCGCUAACGAUGUGCCAUACGUUUCAACCCUCUCACCACACACUCUGCAUUUUUGUGCAUUCUGCACUUCAUAUAACUGGUCCUUAACGCUUAUUCCUGAGUUGUGCAUAUGAGUGCUUCCGUCUCUUGAGCUGCGCAUAUGAGUGCUUCUGUCUCUAUUGAGCUGUAUUAUUAUUAUUAGUAGUAGUAGUAGUGUUUUUAUUAUUAAGGCCGCUAUGUUCUGAGUUCAAAUUCCACCUAGGUCGACUUUGCCUUUCAACAUUUCGAGGUCGAUAAAUUAAGUACCAGUUGAGUACUGGGUCGAUGUAAUCUACUUAACCCCUCUCACCAUUAUUAUUAUUUGAGAGAUGAGGUAUUAUGUACAUUUACAUUUGACUGAUGUUGUUAAGAGUCCGCGCUCUUAACCACUACGCCAUAUGCCCGUGGGCAAUUGUGGAGUGAAUUUCAGGGCUUAUAAAUCUAAUAUUUUCCUAUCCUCCCGUAAUACCGGUUCCUAUAUGCUAUUCAUAUCUGCACUAGGUCUGCUUAGGAGCUUAUUAUGUCCCAGUAUAUGUGCUGCCUCUUUUAGUUUUCGUAUUUUCCAGUGGUGUUCUCUGUCUAUUAUUUUAACUUCAUCUCAGAGGUGGUCUCAGCUAUACUCGAUUUAUCAAUACCUCUUCGUGACACACACUUGCGAUGCUCCUCUACCCUUAUUUUGAGGGAGCGAAAAGUUUCCCUUUUGUAUAACCUACCACAGCUGCAUGGGAUGGAGUACAUACAGUCUUUGGUCAUAUUCCCUUCUAUUGGUGAUUUUACUCGGAGAUAUUUGCAAAGUGUUGUAUUAUACUUGAAUAUUAUCAUCAUCAACAUCAUCAUCAUCAUCAUCAUCAUCACCAUCAUCAUCAUCAUCAUCAUCAUCAUCAUCAUCAUCAUCAUCAUCAUCAUCAUCAUCAUUAUAA